CUCUGGCGUCGGCUGCGAACAUCAGCCCCAUGUCACGGAUUUACCAGCAAAGGAAAAGCAAUCCAAGUUCACCAGUCGCGCCGUGAACCAGGGACUCAAGGUCAACGCCAUGGCUCAACAAAGAGCCGCAUCCGCAAGCCGGUCGCCACAAAGCCCACAGUCAGCGCCGCCAGGUGGUUCUGAGCAUCCUCUCCUUUUAGGACAAAUGCCGAAACCAGCCACCUCCGUCGUUUGUCCUCCGGGCCUUGAGUACCUGACAGUGCUAGAUCAAAUUAUAAUAGACCAGCAAGGCAAGUUAGUCGAAGCUAUUGGUAUCGAGAUCGCCAACUCAUAUGUUGUUAGGAACUCAGCGGGCCAGUUAAUAUACUGUUUAAAGGAAGAUUCGACCUGUUGCACGAGGAACUCCUGCGGGCCAUUUCGAUGUUUCGUGAUGAACGUUAUGGACCAGAAAAACGACGUCGUGAUGCGCUUCGUGCGGUACCUCAGACUGCCGUGCAGCUAUAUUUGUUGUUGCCGGCAGGUAAUGCAAGUUCAAGCUCCACCAGGAAAUGUCAUCGGUGAUGUACGUCAGCGGUGGUCCAUAUGGUAUCCUACGUUUGCGGUUUAUGACCCGGAUGGGACGAAGCAGCUGGAAGUUGUGGGCGGUCUCUGCACUUCCAGCUUGCCUUGCAAGUGCGACGUCGACUUCGAAGUUCGAUCGACAAACGGCGCCGUCGUAGGAAAGGUCACCAGGAAGUGGGGCGGCCUGUUUUCCUUCACGGACGCGGACACAUUUGGCGUCAAGUUCCCGAUGGACUUGGACGUCCGCACGAAGGGUGCACUCAUGGCGGUCACGUUGCUCAUCGAUUACAUGUACUACGAGGACUGCAAGCCUGCAUGCUGUUGUUGACUCAGUACCUGCGAGUCUGGGAUGACACCGCAGUCUGUGUCCUGAACAAAAAUGGCUGGCUUAACUUGCUGGUUAAGCUGGUUUAAGGCAGCAAGUGGCGACACGCAUUCGGAGUAGCACUUUUUACUUUUGCAUUCGCUUACGAGUGAAGCUACUGCCUUUUUUCGGAAAGCAGCAGAACGUGAGAAACGUUGGUUGUUUUAAAUUGCGAAUAUCGCAACAACACUUUAAAGUACAAUGAGCGCUUCUAGGAGCGCGGUUAUGUCACGUUCAUAAAGUUCUA